GCCUAGCAUUUGUCCGGAGGGGUCUUUCAGCGGGUGUCCUGAGACUGCUGGUUGCGUCAGGCGGCGGUCUAACUGGAGGGCAAUUGAAGUGGGUACAAUGCCAGUCAUUAGGAGCCUAAGCCGAGCGGUCAGACAGGUUUUGCAGAGACCAGGCUGUGGCUGUCAGGUUGCUGUCGUGCCGGUUCGGUGUCAUGGUUUCUCACCCCGGCAGGUAACCUCAGAUGCCAGUUUUCAUUCUGUAUCUUUCUCAGAAACAGAUCAUCCCAGAGUAUUAAUUACAGGGGGACUAGGCCAGCUUGGAGUAGGACUUGCUAAACUCUUGAGAAAACACUUUGGGAAGAACAAUGUGAUCCUGUCAGAUAUUAGAAAGCCACCUGAUAAUGUCUUCUAUAGUGGUCCUUUUAUCUACUCGGACAUUCUGGACUACAAGAACCUGCGUGAGAUAGUAGUGAACAACCGGAUUACGUGGCUGUUUCAUUAUAGUGCUUUGCUCAGUGCUGUUGGAGAAGCCAAUGUCCCUUUGGCAAGAUCUGUAAAUAUCAAUGGAUUGCACAACAUUCUUGACAUUGCUGCUGAACACAACUUACGACUCUUUGUACCCAGCACAAUUGGAGCAUUUGGACCCACCUCCCCUAGAAACCCAACCCCUGAUCUCUGCAUCCAAAGACCAAGGACAAUCUAUGGUGUCUCCAAAGUUCAUGCUGAACUCAUGGGAGAAUAUUACUAUUACAGGUAUGGGCUGGACUUCCGGUGCCUGAGAUAUCCUGGCAUUAUCUCAGCUGAUUCCCAGCCUGGUGGUGGAACAACUGACUAUGCAGUCCAAAUCUUCCACGAUGCUAUAAAGACUGGCAAGUUCCAGUGCAACCUAAAACCAGACACUCGCCUUCCAAUGAUGUACAUCAACGACUGCCUGAGAGCUACCUUGGAGAUCAUGGAGGCACCUGCUGAGUCACUGAGCAUGAGGACAUAUAAUAUUGGAGCCAUGAGUUUUACUCCUGAGGAACUGGUUCAGGAAGUCCAGAAGCAUAUUCCAGAACUUGAAGUUACCUACAACGUGGAUGCAGUCAGACAAGCCAUUGCUGACAGCUGGCCCAUGGUUUUUGAUGACAGCAACGCACGCCGAGACUGGGAAUGGAAACAUGAUUAUGACCUUCCGGACCUGGUGACCACAAUGUUCAACUUCCUUGGCUCUGCAUCCUCUGUUACCAGGAUUGCCCAGGUCAACUGACCCUCCUUGCGUAUUGCAGUCCCAAUGAUCAAUGUGACUGGACCAAGGCCAAAUGAAAGAUUCCUCAGUUUCUAAGUCUUGAAGCAGCCCUGCCACUGUUACACUUCCUACAAGUGUGUUGGGUGACUACUUUCUCUUAGUUCACCUUUCUUCCAGUUUUUAUCAAGCUAGCUGAAUAUGACUUGGUAGUAUACUGAGAACAAUGUUUCAAGUAUUCCUGGUUGCAGUCUAGCUAUUGGUCUUGUGGGCCAACAUUAUUUUUAUUUCUAUAAUUUGUUUCCCCUUCUAAAACAAAAUGCUUGUCUGAUACCUAGGAUGUUCUUAUUUUCUUAUUCCUUGGUGCUUCUUCAUAUCUUUUUGUUGGUUAUUGGCUUAAAAUGUAGAGUUAAAUUAACGUUAGCAAAUGUAGCGUUGGGACCACAUAUUUGCUGAGAUAAUGGGAAUGUGGGAGCCAGGGGGCAUUUACAAGGGAAUCAGCAGAUAGGAGAAAGGGGGUGCUUAACCCUUUCCUACACCAGCCAGUUCUCUUCUGGAAAUGCCACUCAGAUCCUCAAUAUUAGCUUUCUUUCCCUCAUAGCAGUCCCAUGAAGCUGAUUAUGCUGAAAGAACAACUGGCCCAAGGGAACUCAAACGCAGGACUCCUCAGUCCAAGUUCAAUGCUUUAACCAUGUCAUCAGCUCUUUCUACUAGGUCCUCCAAGGUGUAGCUUACAAUAUACAAAAUCAUACCAGAGGCUUAUUGCUGAUUCAUGCUACCGAUGCAUAAUGUAUUGUUUCAAACCCAGAUCAAUUUUUGUCUCACCUGGGUUGGAUGUGCAUGAUGAUGUUAAUGUAAAGGAACAGGACAGCCCACCUGCAUUUCAGGUGAGCACCUCUUGACCUGGACACUGAUGACUUCUUGGUGCCACAUUUCUAAAAGAAGGUGCCGUGGUUCCUUGCAACAUUUAUGCAAAUGCAUCAGGACUCUGGCAACAGAAACCUAACUGAGCAAAAAGGAAAUAAUAUGGCAGCAGAAGAGACAGAGAAAUGGAAUGCCAGUUGGAGAUACAGGUGACCUGCUAGGUGCUUGUUCUGCCAGGGAAAAACUGUAUGGUAAACUGGUCAUUUGAGAUGCUCACCUGCCCCAAGGACAGCUUGCCAACCAGCCAAGCUUUCACUGAGGUUGAUCUUGGCCUAAGUACAUUUAGAUCUUCAACCCGUUUUUUGCUCAGUUCCUCCAGCAGUGAAGCCAUGAUGCCCAGGGGAGUGAGCGUAAAAAGGGGCAUCGAUCGGCCUGCAGUCUUAGAGAUGUGAGUCAAACAAAAUGGGUAGGAGAACAGAGGUAGGGCAGAGGGAGAGUCUGCUUCUACAUGGCAGCUCUUCUCCCUUUUUUCCACUUACAAACUAGAGCACUUUUUGGAGCUUCCAUAUCCUGUCAUGGUCUAGUUGUGUCAUUUCCACGCUUUGCUCAGUUCAUUCUUUCUUAAAUCUGCUUUUACUUCAAUCUUUUGGGAAAGAAUGUAAUCCAAGUGCAUUUGGACUAAGUUGCAAGAAAUGGUGCAUGUUUUCUUGCCUGUGAAGAUUCUGCUUAGAUGGCACCAUUUCCCUAACCAUCAGCCCCUUACAGAUGCCAUUUUCCCAGCAUUUUUUCCUGUUGUGGAAACAUAAGAGCUGGAAAGGAUCCAAAGGGUCAUCUAGUCCAACUCCAUGGCAAUGCAGAAAAUUCACAACUACCUCCCUCCACUCCCCCAGUGACUCAUGCUCUAUGCUCAGAGCCACGGCAUAGGAGGAUUUUUUAAAAAUAGUUAUAAUUGCACUGUAAUGGUCUAUUGCUAUUUAAUAAUUUACUUUCAAGUUUAAUAGAACUAUUAUGGUGCUACAGUGCAUGUGUGAAGAAAAACAAAACAAAAAAGUAAUGAUUUGCCACAACAGACCCCCCCAAGAGUAACUGUGGAGCCACCUCAGAACAUACGUGGAAAGGGAAGGUUAGAAAAAGAGACAGAGGAAAGUGCAUGAAGAGCUCCUGAUGUGGACACUCCAGUGGCAACGUCAUGUCUGGUCAUUCAGAUUGGAAAUGAAAGCAACGUGGACAACCCUUGCCAUGCGGAAGCUGGCAAAGAUAGCUAAGAAGCCAAAGUUAAACUGCAAACCAGCAUUUUUUCCCCUGUAUGAUGUAGUUGUGCACUCCCCUUGGAUGAAUAAAAAUCUAGAAGUGUU